GCUCCACCACGGCCGUGGACACCCAAGCAGCCCGCAGCCCUUCAUGACCCCGGCAGCUCUGUCUCCCGGGGGACCCGGGAGCCCCAAUCCCACCGGCCGCUCGCCCGCCCUGGGCCCCCGCGGUGCCCCAAACGACACCCGCAAACACAGGGCGAGAGGCGGCAGCCCGGGCCAGAGGGACGCCGGCCCGCGGGCUGUGGGGUGGGGAGGACGGCCAGGGCCGCGCACCGGGCCCCCGGAGCGGGCGGGAGGAGCCGGCUCGCGGGCGGGGCCUGGGCCGCGGCCCGCCGCGCCGCUCCGCCUCACGCCGACACACACACACACCGGCGCUGGAGAUCAAGUGUCUGAUUUGUCAUCGCAGAUUCCUGCUGCGGUUAUGAGGUCAUGCAUCUUGUCUUAUUCUUCACGUUUGUACAGUCCAGAAACAGCUUUUUCUCCUUUAUGUGAAGAAGAAACUUCAAGUCCUCCCUCAGUGAGCUGGAAAUCCCAUCCUUUACCUUCCCUCUUCAUUCUCCAGUUGUGAACUAGAAAAUCUUAUCAGCCUGUUGCAAGGUUGUGGAAAACAUUAACACCACCGAUGAAUGCCUUGAUCUUCACUCUCAGCUCCAGAUGACUUGUCCUAUUGUUCAUAAGGAUGUCGUCUGUUACUGAAAAUGGGGAUGUUACUGCUGGAAAGCCAAAUGAAGAGAAAACAUAUAAAAAGACUGCAUCCUCAGCUAUUAAAGGUGCUAUCCAGCUGGGAAUAGGAUACACAGUAGGAAACCUUACAUCAAAACCGGACAGAGAUGUUCUUAUGCAAGAUUUCUACGUAGUGGAAAGUGUCUUCCUACCAAGUGAAGGGAGCAAUCUCACCCCUGCUCAUCAUUACCCUGACUUCAGAUUUAAGACGUAUGCACCUCUUGCCUUCCGCUAUUUCAGAGAACUUUUUGGUAUCAAGCCUGAUGAUUACUUGUACUCAAUCUGCAGUGAGCCUUUAAUUGAAUUGUCCAACCCAGGUGCCAGUGGGUCCUUAUUUUUUGUAACUAGUGAUGACGAGUUCAUCAUCAAAACAGUUCAACACAAAGAGGCUGAGUUUCUUCAGAAGCUCUUGCCGGGUUAUUAUAUGAAUCUGAACCAGAAUCCAAGGACACUUCUACCCAAAUUUUAUGGGCUGUACUGCGUUCAGUCAGGAGGCAUUAAUAUUAGAAUAAUUGUAAUGAACAAUGUUUUGCCACGAGCCUUGAAAAUGCAUUUCACAUAUGACUUGAAAGGCUCUACAUACAAACGGAGAGCAUCAAGAAAAGAGAGGGAGAAGUCCAACCCUACAUUCAAAGACUUGGAUUUUUUGCAAGACAUGCAUGAAGGGUUGUAUUUUGACUCUGAAACACACAGCGCACUAAUGAAAACACUACAGCGGGAUUGUCGAGUUCUAGAAAGUUUUAAGAUCAUGGAUUACAGUCUGCUACUGGGAAUCCACAUACUGAACAGUAACAUGAAGGAAAAAGAGGGAGAGUGUUCCCAGAGCGCAUCAGACGCCAAACGUCCUGGAGGGCAGAAAGUUCUCUAUUCUACAGCCAUGGAGUCCAUACAGGGCCCUAGGAAGUCAGGGGACUCCAUCAGCACGGAAACAACAAACACGAUGGGAGGUAUUCCAGCUAAAAGCCAUAAAGGAGAAAAGCUACUUUUAUUUAUGGGUAUUAUUGAUAUUCUCCAGUCUUACAGGUUAAUGAAGAAGCUGGAACAUUCUUGGAAAGCUCUUGUUUAUGAUGGAGAUACUGUUUCAGUUCACCGACCAAGUUUUUAUGCAGAUAGAUUUUUAAAGUUUAUGAGUACAAGAGUUUUCAAGAAAGUUCAAGCUUUGAAGUCUUCACCUUCAAAGAAACGGUGCAAUUCCAUCACAGCCCUAAAGGCAGCAUCACAAGAAAUAGUGUGUGCGGUUAGCCAGGAGUGGAAGGAUGAAAAGCGUGGCAUUCUGGCUGAAGGACAAAGCUAUGCCAGCCUUGAUGAGGAAGUACUAGCUUCACGCCACCGGCCGGAUCUAGUGCCAAGCACUCCAUCUCUGUUUGAAGCGGCUUCCUUAGCAACCACAAUUUCUUCUUCUUCCUUGAAUGUAGAUGAGCAUUACCAACGUGAACAACCUAUGCUCUAUUCUAGCAGUAAAGGGUUGCCUUCGAGUUCAACAUUCACUUUAGAAGACAGUGCCAUCUAUUUGACUUCAGAACAGAGCACGCUGGAAAUGGAAAAUGAUAAUGCUUCAGUUCUGGAUGUCUACUUAUAACAGGAAGAGUAAAAAUAAGAGAAGUGGCCGUGGUUAAUGAAGAGCACUUUCUGCACUCCUGAUUUAAGAAGGAGGAAUUUGCUGAGCCUGAUAGACAAGACAAAGAAUAGUAAUCAACUGAACUUAUUCUAAGAAGUGUCAGGAUCUUUGAACCAUAGAAAGGAUUGAUGGACUUUGCAAAAAUGACAUGAAUCAUUCCACACUCCGCUAUCAUCUGCUGUUGCUUGCUGAACUGUGAAGAACUGUGUAUUCAGGCUGCUUUCUACUAUAUUGCCAAUCACCUUUUUUGGACUUGAAAGUGAUAUUUUCUUAUCAUCUCUCUAGUGAUUUCAUUAGCAUGCAUUCUGUAACUAUGCACAAGCAAAAUCUAUUAUCUGCUUUACCUAUUUAAAAAUAAGCACAGUGGUGAAUAUAAUUAAUUUAAUUUGUUUUGACCCUUCAGUUCUAAUCACUUAGGUCCACAUCAGUGGAAACUGGAAUUGAUGUCCUGCAAGAGUUAGGGUAAACCUCUGCACAUACUAUAUGAAAAUGAGCCUCUAAAGAUAUAUUUUCACUGCUGGUGAAAAGGAGAAAAAAAAUGUUAUUUAUAACAAGGCCUUAUGUUGUGUACAUACAAUGUCUUUGAAAUAUUUUUGAUUUUAGUUUAUUUCUUGUAAAAGAGAAAUUAUAUAAUUUAUUUAGUACAU